GGUGACGCCACUUGAACGCGACUCUGAAGGCACUUCCUUUCGCUCAUGUGUCGUGUCUGACCUUCCAGAAGGGGGUAAAACCUGCACUUUAACUCAGACGGACACAUGCCCAGCAGGUGACAAUGCUUGUUGUCAGGAAAGCUGCGCAGACCGCGGCGAGGAAGCACCUCUGCAGACCAUUUUCUGCCUCCCAGACUCACCUGCAGGAGAGAAAGGGUCUUGUCCUGGGGGUGUUUGAGAAGGAGGCAGAGGAGGGAGGUCUUCAUCUGACACAAGCCGCAGCCAGCUUUGACCAGACUCUGUCUGGGAAGCUGUCAGAGCUGCUGAAAAUUGCUGGGCCGGGUCUCAAGAAAGGCAAAAGCAGGAUAUUUUAUGGAAUUCACCAGGAUUUCCCUUGUGUGGCAGUAGUCGGGUUGGGCAAGGACAGUGAAGGCAUUUGUGGUGCUGAGAACUGGGAUACCAAGAAGGAGAACAUCAGACAGGCGGUGUCAGCUGGCUGUCAGGUUCUUCAGGAACUGGAGGUGAAUCACGUUGAGGUGGACGACUGUGGGGACGCCAAGUCUGCUGCAGAAGGCGCUGUUCUGGGACUGUUUUCUUACGACCAACUAAAGUCCAAGAAGAAGACCAGAGUAACCACGCAGCUGCAUCAUGGGAGCGCUGACGUGGACGACUGGAAGAAAGGACUCGCUUAUGCUGAAGGUCAAAACCUGGCCCGGUUUCUUAUGGAAGCUCCAGCCAAUCACAUCACACCGACUGCUUUCGCCAACACCAUUGAAGAGAGAGUCGCUCCACAUGCUGAACGGGUCACUGUGAAUAAACGAUCAAAGGCUUGGAUCGAGGAGCAGCAGAUGGGAGCCUUUCUCAGCGUGGCGAGGGGCUCAGAGGAGCCCCCUGUCUUCCUGGAGCUUCACUACAACGGCGCCCCCGACAGGAAGCAGCCGCCGCUGAUGCUGGUGGGCAAAGGCGUCACAUUUGACAGUGGCGGCAUCUCUCUAAAGCCGUCUCAGUCCAUGGACGCGAUGAGAGCCGAUAUGGGCGGAGCCGCCACCGUUUGUGCCUCGAUCGUCACAGCGGCGGCUCUGAAACUCCCGGUGAACAUAAUUGGUCUGGCACCGCUGUGUGAGAACAUGCCGAGUGGAAAGGCCACGAAACCGGGCGACGUUGUCACAGCCAAGAACGGGAAAACAAUCCAGGUGGAUAAUACGGACGCAGAGGGCAGACUGAUCCUCGCUGACGCUCUCUGUUACGGAAGCACAUUCAACCCCAGAGCCAUUGUCAAUGUUGCUACGCUAACAGGCGCCAUGGACGUGGCUCUGGGCUCAGCAGCGACGGGAGUGUUUACUAAUUCGGACUGGCUGUGGGAGCAGCUGCACCAGGCCAGUGUUGUGACGGGGGACAGAGUUUGGAGGAUGCCUCUGUUCCAACAUUACACCAAGCAGGUCACUGACAGCCAGCUGGCCGACCUCAACAACAUCGGCAAGUACAGCCGUUCUGGUGGUGCAUGCACAGCAGCCGCUUUCCUCAGGGAGUUCGUCACCGCGCCUCACUGGGCUCAUCUGGACAUCGCUGGAGUGAUGAGCAACAAAGACGAAGUUCCCUACCUCAGGAAAGGCAUGUCUGGGAGACCGACGCGUACCCUGGUGGAGUUUGCUGCCAGGCUGGCCCACAGUGGCUGAGAGACGGGAGAUAAAGUCUGUCAAAGUGCAACACUUUUCCUCCAGUUGAGGAUCAGAGAUCUUCCAUCAUGGACAUGAGUCAAAGUUUAGUCUGAGUACAACAGUUACAUAGAUUAACUAAUAAUGUUAGUAAUAUGCUGUUCAGAGGUAUUUGCCCUCUUUCAGAUUUCUCCUGUAUUUACUUUUUCUCACACUUUUCAGAUCGUCAAACUCCAUCAACAUAGCGCAUGUAAAUGUCUUGCCGUACAUGAUAAAACCGUGAAAUCUGGGUGAUGCAGCGUCUGGGACGUCUGCACCAGCAAAAUAAAAUUAAAGUUUUUGAGCGACCUAGACAACGUUGGGACAUAAAGAAAAAUCAUAAACCGUGUGGCAUUAUGUUAAACAGGCUGUUCAUGUAAAAAA